UUGGAACCCUGGAUUUUGUCUUCCAGGGAGUAUCGUGCUCUCUACAUUAAAGAGUUGUUCUCCGCUUGUUCAUUUACUGCUACAGUUCAUAUAUAUAACAUUCAACUGUGCGUGUGUUAAAAUGUCGCAGAGGAAAUUAUAUUUUAAUCAUGAUUUAAGUGCUAUGCCUGGUUGUAAACGUUGCCUGGAAGACAAGUAUCGGGGAUAAAGAGACACAGGAAGCCUAAACUCAAAACACAUGCGCAGGAGCUGCUGCAAACUUACCAUGCAGUGUUUUUCAACAUUAACAGGCGGAAUCUAAGUUUUAGUUUAUUGAAUGGGCGAAAUAGUAACUUAGAUAACAGUGGUGGCAGUGUGCUGCUAAAACUUGAGAGAGCAAGACAGAGCAGGGGGCGUCAAGGUGACCCGUCACUUGUAGAGUGAUUCUGUGACAGAGCUGGAAAGUGAUGAGGAGAAAUAACUGCAGCGCUGGUGACACUAACAAGAGAGCUUCCUGAAGCAACAUGACAACGCUGAGAGGGAUUAGUUUUUUGUUGUCACUCCUGCAGAGACGCUGCUGUCAGAGAGCAGCAGCAGCAUCUACCUGCAGCCUCCUCACACCGCACCAUGGAGCCAAAGUCAGCACUGCUCAUCGGCAAUGGCAGAGAGGUCCAUCCACCGGCCAGUCCAGAGCGUUUUCUCUCUCUGUGUGCAGGUUGAAGAGCACAGAUGACAUCUGCAGUAGCGGAUUUACUGAGGAGGAUGAGGAGGAUGAUGAUUUCCUGGAGGACAGUGAGGUGGAGGAGCUGUUCCAGCAGCAGGCUCCUGCAAACAUCAGAGAGGGACAGCACAGGGUGUUCAUCGUCCACCCAGAUGUCAAGUGGGGACGCAAGAAGCAGUAUCUGACCACCGCUGAGCUGAUGAUGGCCGAGGCUGUCGGGCUUGUGAACACCUUGGACAACUGGAGAGUGGUGGACAAGCUCAUCAUGUCCACUAAGACACCAGAGAAGAAGAAGAUAUUUGGCAAAGGCAACUUCCAGUCCCUCACGGAGCGCAUCAGGCAAACAGCAGGAAUCACUGCUGUGUUUGUCAAUGUCGAGCGCCUGUCCCCCUUGUCUGAGAGGGAGUUUGAGGAAGCCUGGGGAGUGAAAGUCUUUGACAGAUACUCAGUCGUCCUCCACAUCUUCCGCUGCAACGCCAGAACCAAAGAGGCCAAGUUACAGAUAUCGCUGGCAGAGAUGCCCUUGUUGAGGUCUCGUCUGAGAAAUGAAGCAGCAAAUCUGGAUCAGCAGGGCGGAGGGUCCAGAUACAUUGGAGGUUCAGGCGAGACGUUGUACGAGAUCCAGCUGAGGCUGCUGAAGGAGCGGGAGUUGAAGAUCCGCUCGAUGCUGGAAAAACUUAGGAAAAAGCGUCACCUCCUGCGAUCUCGGCGUAAACACAGGGAGUUCCCCAUCAUCUCUGUGCUGGGAUACACCAACUGUGGAAAGACUACUCUGAUCAAAGCUCUGACCGGUGACAGCAACCUUCAGCCUAGGAACCAGCUUUUCGCCACCCUGGAUGUGACCGUUCACGCCGGCCAGCUGCCCAGCCGCAUGACUGUCCUGUAUGUGGACACCAUCGGCUUCUUGUCUCAGCUGCCCCACCAGCUCAUUGACUCCUUCUCUGCCACCUUGGAAGACAUCAAACACUCUGAUCUGUUGGUUCAUGUUAGAGACAUCAGUCACCCAGAGACGGUGAAUCAGAAGGCCAACGUACUGGACGUCCUGAAGAACCUCCAAAUCCCAGACAAGCUGCUGAGCUCUAUGAUAGAGGUCCACAAUAAAACUGACCUCGUCGACAAUUAUCAGUAUGCAGAGCCCGGUGCGCUGCCCAUAUCUGCCCUGGAGCAGCGAGGCCUGGAGGAGCUGAAGGAAGCGGUGGAAGGGGAGAUCGUGAAGUCCACAGGGAAACAAAUGUUAGACCUCAGCGUCGACCUCAGCACGCCUCAGUUAAGGCGUGUCCCCAUCGACAGCUGGCUGUACAAAGAGGCCGCGGUGCAGGACGUGCAGGUGAAUGCAGAUGAGGGCUCGGCUGUCGUCAAGGUCGUCAUCGGCGCGGCUGCUCUUGGCCGCUACAAGAAAGCGUUCGGGGGCAGAUGAGGGAGGAGCGAUCACGAGCUGCAACAAGGACCACAAACUGUUCCACAGACUGCUUUAGAGAAGACUUUAUUUAUUGUACAGUGUAUUAAAAUAUCUCCAGACACA